AUGCCUAUAAAUGUUAGAGCCAAGCCGGCGCAGAGCAAACUGUCUGCUGUCUCAAAGAGCAGCACGCACGCAGAUGGCAAUGCAUCUCAUUCACGCUUUUCAAGGUCUGCAAAACAGGGCAAAAGUAAACAGGUCAAGACCAGUUCAACCCCAGGCUGCCGCUCAGGACUCGAACCUGGCUCAGUGUCUUCACCUGUUUCAAAAGUAUCUGGAGGUCAAGGAUCAAAGUCAGGGCUCUGUCCGAAGAAAUCUGGUAUAAUAACGACUAAACAGACCUAUGGUUCAGCCACAGCUCCGGGGGGUAAAACGUUGUCAAUGGAAAACAUUCAAUCUUUAAAUGCAGCUUAUGGCACUUCAGGCACAUACUCAUGUGAGCGAGAUGCUUUGGAACCCUCUGGCAGUUACCCCAAAGCCACCAUGACUCUUGGAAGGAACACCAUCCGCUCUUCGUACAGUGGCCGGGGUACGGGUAUGGCCAGCAGCCCAAAUAUAAACUCCACUGACCUGAAUCACCUGUCCAACCAAUAUGGCAAAGACCAAAAAUUUGGACCUGGAGGGACUUCCAGUCAACAGCACCAGUCUGGGAGACAUUCAGAUGCACUAGAUUUCACUGGCCACGAAGAAUCUCUUGCAUCUGAUCUCCAGGCUCAGCUGAGAGCGCUUCUGAGGGAAAACGACAGCCUAAGAAGAGAAUUGGAUGAAGGAAAGGAUGGAAGGACAGGUCACAGUUUUAACAACGUUAAUUCCUGGAGUUCAGAUAGCAAGAGAGACAAAUCCAUAAGGCGAGAGGAGGGAGCUCGAGCCUCUGCCCUUAAGGAUUAUCACAGGGCAGACCAAGACACUAUUCAGGCCCCAUUAACUGUGCAGGAGCUCCAGGAGGAACUAAGGGCUCACAGGGAGAUGAACAGCCGCCUUCAGCAAUCCCAUCAACCUGGGACACCUAGUUCCUGUCGUGACAUCCAUAUUGGCCAGGACCACAGAGGAGGGCUCAGUCCUAGCCACUUUCUCCGAGAAAGACCUAGCAAUUUCCACAGUCCUGGACCCAGGCAAAGCCCAAAAGUAAGCCCAUCCAAUACGUACAAUCCAAGGCAUCAGGAAGCUGAUGUCAUCAUUCACAGCUCUGGAUAUGGUGGUACCAGCCCAACAGCAACACAGCGACUCAGCCCAGUAAACACUCUUCAUCCUGGGCCAAAGCACAGCCCAAAUCAGGCAGUAGUCCCCAGCCCUGUACGACGCUGCAGUCCUUGCCAGGUGCCGGGGUGUGAUGGCUUCUCUUCACCACCGCUGCAGCCAUCACAUGAGAAUUUCAUCCACCUGCAGUCAGAGCACGAACGGCAGGCCAAGGAACUGUUCCAUUUGAGGAAAACCUUGGAAGAAAUGGAGAUAAGAAUUGACUCUCAAAAACAGACGCUGGGUGCCAGAGAUGAGAGCAUUCAGAGGCUCAUGGAGAUGCUUCAGGGCCAAGGUCAAUUUCACGGACAGUGGGUUCAUGGGCAGAGGACAGGCAUUUUAGCCAUGGCUGCACAAGAGGCUGAAGCACAAUUGGAAAGCAUGCACAUAAGAGAGGACACCAAGAUCUCUUCAUUGGAGAGGAACAUCAGAGACUUAGAAGAUGAGGUCCAGAUGUUAAAGACCAGCGGUUUGCUACAUCCUGAUGACAGGCAUGAUGAGUUCAAACAGGUGGAGGUCUACAAGAGCCAUUCGAAAUUCAUGAAGACCAAGAUAGAGCAGCUGAAGCAAGAGCUGAACAGGAAGGAGUCUGAGAUGCAGGCCCUGCAGACCAAACUGGAAACACUAACCAAUCAGAAUUCUGACUGCAAGCAACACAUUGAGGUGCUUAAGGAGUCCCUCAAUGCGAAGGAGCAACGUGCCAAUACACUACAGACAGAGGUUGAUGCUCUAAGGGUGCGUUUGGAAGAAAAAGAACAGUUCCUGACGAAGAAAAACAAGCAGCUUCAGGACCUGACUGAUGAAAAAAGCACUCUAACAGGAGAAAUCAGAGACAUGAAGGAUAUGCUGGAUGUCAAAGAAAGAAAGGUCAAUGUCCUCCAGAAGAAGAUUGAGAACCUCUUGGAUCAGUUAAAGGACAAGGACAAACAGCUGACUGGGUUGAAGGACCGGGUCCAAGGUCUUCAAACGGAUUCUAGCAACACAGAGACAGCCCUUGCCACGCUGGAGGAAGCCCUGUCUGAUAAGGAGCGAGUUAUUGAGAACCUUCGGGAACAGAAGGAGCGGGCGGACAGGGUGCAACUGGUGGAGUUGGAGCGACUAAGGAAGGACAACCAGGAAUUGAAGGACAAGCUCUCGGCCCUCCAACCACAGAAACCGUCCCCCAGCCAACCUGCUAUCCUGGGUCCAAACCAAAUCCAGAGGCCCGAUGGAGAGGUGCCAUCCAAAAUAGUUGCACAACCAGCUGUGAACUCAACGGCCCCAAACCCAGACGACACUAUGCGUAAUUGUCCGGACAUUGCAGAUCGUCUAAGGCUUCUCGAGCAGGAAGUGGCUCGCCACAGGGAGGAAUCUGGAAAGUCACAAGCAGAGGUCACCAGGUUAAUGGUGGCACUGAAAGAUGCUGAGAUGGACAGAUCUGGCAGAGAGAAAAGAAUAAAUGAUCUUGAGAGGCAAGUCAAGUCCCCUCAUAUCCAAAAACAGAUGGUGCCUGGUGAAAUAAGGAAAGAUGCCCAGCUUGAUGGACAUGCACACUCUUUAUCGCAGCUUCAGCUAUCAGCUUCCCAGGAUGCCAUGCAGGAGACAGCUGAACGGAUAGGGGAGUUGGAGAAGGCCUUGAGGGACAGUAUGAACACUUCUGCAAAUAGGGAGGUGCUAUGGGCUCAAGAAGAGAUGACCCGCAUUCAGGCCCAGAGACAGCUUGAAGAGCUGAUGGUGGCCUUGGAGAAGACACGCCAAGAAUUGGAUACGACAAAAAUGCAUCUAUCCUCCACUCAGCAGACCUUGCAUGAAAGAGACGGACAUCUCAGCAACUUGCGGCAGGAAAAACGCAAACAGCUGGAAGAGAUUCUGGAAAUGAAGCAGCAAGCUUUACUGGCAGCUAUCAGUGAGAAGGAUGCAAACAUAGCCCUUCUGGAGUUGUCUCCUUCGAAGCGGAGAAACCCCCAAGCGGAGGUUAUGGCUCUAAAGCGGGAAAAGGACCGGCUCAUGCACCAACUCAAACAACAGACUCAGAGCAGAAUGAAGAUGAUGGCUGAUAACUAUGAGGAAGAUCGCAUUCACCCUCAAAAUAAUCCCCACCUUUCCCACCACUUGCACUCAGCAAAUGUACAUCACCGAAGCCUCCCUAGACACCCCCAUGCCAACCACAGACGCCCUAUGGACCAGGAAGAUGAAGAGGGCAUUUGGGCAUAA